AUGGCUGACAAGGAAAAUCCACAACUAUCACAGGAUGACCUCCUGGCCCAGAUCGCUGAGCUUCAGACGGAGGUACGGAGGAUAGCCGAGCUCUCAACGCCAAACAAUGGAGAGAACUCCAAAGGCUCGGCUCAUAGUGCGGCGGACCCUUUAAACGUCACCCCGCCAAAGGAGAAGCUCACAUUAGACAACCCUUUCUCCGAGGAGAUCACGAAUUACCAGAUGCCGAAGAACUUUACACUGCCCACUGCGCUGGAGCCAUACAAGGGAUUCGGCGACCCCAGAGCUCAUGUGAAGAAAUUCCAAUCGAUGAUGUUCUUCAACGGCCCUAAGAACGAGCCCGUCCUUUGCCGAGCAUUCCCUACCUACCUCGACGGCGCUGCAUUACUCUGGUUCUCCAAACUUCCUGAAGGAUCGAUUUCCUCCUUCGAAGACCUCGCCAGAUCAUUUAUUGACUAUUUUGCUGCAUCGAGAUAUUACGUACAUGGCUCGGACUAUCUCGGCACCAUCAAACAAGGCCAGCAUGAGAGCCUGAAGGAUUACAUGACUAGAUUCGCAGACGCAACUAUGGAGAUCCAGGAUCUAGACCCGGCCGUCCACUUGCACGCCCUCAAGGCCGGCCUUAGGCCCGGCAAAUUUCGGGAGACCAUUGCCAUAACAAAACCAAAAACCCUAGAGGAAUUCCGAGAAAGAGCGGCUGGACAAAUGGAGAUUGAAGAACUCCGAGAAGCCCAGAAAUCAGACAAACAACCACACCGGAGAGAUGAGGAAAGGACCUUCAGAUCUCCAGGCAACAGGGACACAAAGAAACCUCCUAAGCCAGCAUCAAAGUACAACACAUACACCAGAUUCAACACCAGAAGAGAAAACAUCAUCAGAGAAAUCCUCAACGCCAAAAUCAUAAAACCACCAGCCCGAGCAGGGAACUAUCAUGAUCAACGAUUUGUGGACAAGACAAAACAUUGCGCCUUCCACCGAAAGUUCGGUCACACCACAGAUGACUGCAUCGUCGCGAAGGACCUCCUGGAAAGACUAGUACGCCAGGGUCUCCUGGACAAGUACAUCGAGACCCGGAAAGGCAGAGGAGGAAACUCGGACAGGGCAGAGCAUAAGCAAGCACCGGCUGACGACAAAAAGAGAGGAUCACUCCUGAUCCGCCAAGAGAGUCAUCAACCACAUAUCGGGAGGAUUCGCAGGCGGAGGAGAAACAAGCUCAGCCAGGAAGCGGAGCUACAGAGCAAUGCUGGCAAUCGAAGGAACCAUACAACCAAAGAAGGACAAAGGACCAGACGUCACAAUAUCCUUCAACCAAACAGACUUCAAAUCGGCAAGCCCUAA